AUGAUCCGUGAACAGUGGGCACAGCUCUAUUCUUCUACGACACAGCUAGCCGAAAAGUAUUUCGGCGGCGCCUGCAACGAACAACUACUCGGGCAGCCCAAGAUCUGGGAGCAGCUUCAGGAUAAUCCCUUAUUGACAAAGGUUCCUAUCCCCGUGUCUAAUUCAGGGCCUGCCCGCAGGAUACGCACCAUCAUCGCCAUAACCAUCAUAAGCAAUGCUUUUGUCACGCACAUCUUUCUUAAAUUCGGGUUCGACAAGAGCAUGAGAAAGCUAAUGCUCAAGCUGGCCAUAGCAAAGCCAGAUGAUGAGGCUCACUGCCGCUCGUCGCUGCUUGGGAUUCUUCGCUAUUUACCAGGGUAUGGGAAAGAGGAUAUCAUUCGCUCAACAACCCAGGCUGUGGAGUCAGUGACUAGCACCCUUGGGCCGCUAUUGCCCAACAACUCCGAGAAUGGUGAUGCCGGUCAUAAACCCAAGGCACCCGCCGACUCGCCACAGGUCAACGGCAAAGGAAAGGGCCGAGCCUCGCCGAGUCAGCUCUCGCCGAGACCCACGCUGCCAGUCUGGCCACUUUUGAUCCUCCUCACGGAGGGCGAGACGUACACCUGCUUCAUCGAGGGAAAAGCCCUGUUCCCGGAGCAAACCGAAGUUGCCCAAGCCGAAGUGAAAAGGCAGAGGCGCCAAAGUAUUGUGGUGGAGAAGAAGAGUCCGACUUUUGCCAAGAUGGCCCCGGCUCUGGACCAGUCCGUCGGAUAUGGCAUCGUCCUUGGCGUUGGAUUUCUCUUCGCCUUUGGCAUGAUGGCCGCCACUUAUGUCCUCAAACGAUACAAGAGGGAGGUGCAGACCUCGGAAAUGUUCACCACCGCCGGCCGAACAGUCAAGAGCGGUCUCGUGGGAUCAGCCGUGGUCUCGUCGUGGACGUGGGCUGCCACGCUGCUCCAAAGUUCCGGUAUCUGCUACCGAUACGGCGUGUCCGGGCCCUUUUGGUACGCGUCCGGCGCGACUGUUCAAAUCCUGCUCUUCGCCACCUUGGCCAUUGAGCUCAAGAGACGCGCGCCCAACGCCCAUACUUUCCUCGAGGUGAUCAAGGCGCGGUACGGCACCGUCGCUCACAUCGUCUUCAUCGUCUUCGGUCUCAUGACCAACAUCUUGGUCACCAUGAUGCUCCUCGCCGGCGGUAGCGCUACCGUCAAUGCGCUCACGGGCAUGCCCACCGUCGCCGCAAUCUACCUCCUCCCGCUCGGAGUCACCAUGUAUACUCUCUUUGGCGGUCUCAAGGCGACCUUCCUCACCGAUUACAUCCACACUCUGAUCCUGCUCAUCAUCAUCGCCAUGAUGUUUGAGCUUCUCCAGGAAGCUACAGAGAGGCACCCCGUCGCCGGAAACCAGGACGGCAGCUACCUCACAAUGAGGUCGAGCGAUGGCAUCAAGUUUUUCGUCAUCAACAUUGUGGGCAACUUUGGAACCGUCUUCCUCGACAACGGCUACUACAACAAGGCCAUUGCCGCCAGCCCAGUCCACGCCCUCCCCGGCUACCUCAUUGGCGGUAUCUCCUGGUUCCCCGUCCCGUUCCUCACAGCCACCACCAUGGGCCUCACCGCCCUCGCCCUCGAGUCCAGCCCCUCCUUCCCCACCUACCCCAACCGCAUCCCCGACGCCGAAGUCUCCGCCGGUCUGGCCCUCCCCUACGCCGCCGUCGCCCUCCUCGGCAAGGGCGGCGCCGUUGCCACCCUCCUCAUGGUCUUCAUGGCCGUCACCAGCGCCUCCAGCGCCGAGCUCAUCGCCGUCUCCUCCAUAUUCACCUACGACAUCUACCGCACCUACAUCAACCCCAACGCCAGCGGCCGCCGCCUCAUCGCCGUGUCCCACAUCUCCGUCGUCUGCUACGCCCUCAUCAUCGCCUCCGCCUCCGUGGGCCUCUACUACAACGGCAUCUCCAUGGGCUACAUCUACGUCCUCAUGGGCGUCCUCAUCUCCGCAGCCGUGCUCCCCGCCACCCUGACUCUCCUCUGGAAGGGCCAGAAUAAGUGGGCUGCCGCCCUCACCCCGCCCAUCGGUACCGCUCUCGCCAUCGUUGCCUGGCUCGUGACCGCCAAGAAGACGUGCGGAAAGCUCGAUAUUGAGUGCACUGGCUCCAACGACCCCAUGCUCGCGGGAAACGUCACCGCCCUGCUUGUCCCUGUCGUCCUCAUCCCCAUCUUCACCCUCAUCUUUGGCCUUGACAAGUACGACUGGCUGUCCAUGGCCAACAUCCGCAAGGCCGACGACCACGACGUCGCGGACCAAGCGGGCGUGGACCUCGAGGAUGUUCCCGACGGUCAUGUCGAUACCGCGGCGGAGCAUGAGGCCGAACAAAAGUCUCUCAAGAAAGCUCUCAAGAUUUCGGUCUCUACCACCGUCUUCAUGACCAUUGCCCUUCUUGUCCUGUGGCCCCUGCCCAUGUACGGCUCAAAGUAUGUCUUCAGCAAGUCCUUCUUCACAGGCUGGGUCUCGGUCGCCAUCAUCUGGAUCUUCGUCUCCAUUAUCCUCGUCGGCCUCCUCCCUCUCUGGGAAAGCCGCGAAACCAUCAUCUACACGACCAAGGCGAUCUUUACCGGAAAGAAGCCCCCAAGCACACAGUCGCUCUUGCUACCGCAGAGCACUCGGGCGAUGAUGCUGCCUCUUCGGAGAAGAAGGUGGAGGCCAAGGCCACCUCAACUUCCGUCUCCACUUAAGACCCUCGUGCGCUGGUGA